AUGGGGGCCCAGAAGGGCCCCGCGGCCUCCCGCCUCGAGCCCCGCUCCCCUGAGCCUUUCGGCCAGGGCCAGCUGGGAGAUGCCACCCUGGGUUCGGUCCGCCCUGGCCCUCCCUCCAAGCGCCUUGGCUUCCCGGGAGCCGACGCCGGGAAGGUAGGUCUGGGCUGCCGCUAUAGCACUGACGACCCGCUCCCGCGAGGGUCCCUCCGAGGCCCGCCGUCCCUGGCUCCAGUGCCGCCCGCUCAGCCUCGGGCCUGCGCCUCCAAGGCCUGGAGCCCGGAGCCUGGGCCACCCGGAGCAGGAGCAGGGGCAGGGGCAGGGGACUCGGGCUUCGGUGCGCCGCCGGCCCCUCCAGAGGUGGCCGCGCCGGGAGACCGGAGCACGGACACUCCGAGCCGGAGAAGCUCCCCGCUGCUCCCGCUGCCCCUCGAGGCGGCCGGGCCGGGCGCUCUGAGUUCUUCGCUCUUUGGGCCUCCCGGCGCCUGGAAUAAAGAGACGCCGCGGUGCGCCCGGCUCCCCCUCUCCGCGCCCCUGGCACCCCAGGCCGACUCCCAGCGGGUGGAGCCCCCAGCCCCGCUCCCCGCGGCAACUCACCGCGGCGGCGGGCGGGCGCGGGGCUCCGUGGAGGUCCCCCCGCGACCCGACCGCGCGCUCCCGCCCGCCCCCAGCAGCGCGGCCGCCCGGGGAGCGAGCGAGCGAGCGAGCGGGCGGGCGGGCGUGUCGCCGAGCCGGUCGUCCCUGCCUGCCCCUGUGGCCUCGGAGCUGGCGCCGGGCGAGGUGUCGGCUUUCUCGGCUCGCUCGAGCCCGCGGCACCUGCCCCACGGCCGGCGGGCGGCGGGGGAGGCGGCGCCAACCCGGGCGGGGGCUCGGGGAGGCGACGGUCCCGGUUCGCCCGCCCGCCCGGCGCCGGGGUCCUCGGCUCCGGGGGAAGCAGAAUUCUCCCCACACGCGCACAAUGCCCACCCCGCCCCUCUCUUCCUGCUCCCGCCCCGGGCCCUAAUCCUCCCUCCAGAGAAAGGGCCACGAAGAAAGGACCUGGGUCCGGCCCGCAGACCCGAGCGCGGCCGCCCAGUCCGGCCCUCCGCGGGCCUGUGGCCUCCGUCCCGCGCCGGCCGCCUUCUCCACCCACCCACCCUGGCGCCGGCUCUCCAGGGCACAGUGCCCGCCGCCUGCCCCGUGCCAUCCCUGUACCCUGGGCCCGUCGCCCCCAGUCCCGAAGGUCCCCCUGACUCCCCAGCUCGCACUUUCCCGGGCUGCGGACGCUGCGGGGCGCACGGCCGGGGGCGCGCGGAGCAGGCUGGCGGGCCGGGGGCUACCGACGGGCGCCGGCUGAACGCGCCCCGCAGCGCUCGGUCUUCCUCCCGCACCUCCCGCCGGAGCCCGAGCGCGGCGCCCUCCGCGCCGAGCCCCCCAGAUCUGCAUCGGAAUGUGGAAAAGAUCUUUGGACAAAAAAAGUUUUGA